UUUCAGCACUGUCAAAUGUUUCCGAGCACGUCUCACCGAUUCAUUGAUGCUGGCACAUCUGGAAAUGCCCAACGAAAUAACAAAGAAGGAUCUUCACAUAAAUUACCCAGUCUUGAAAGUUGGUUUGGAAAGAAAACAACAUCAGAAGCCACAGCCCAGAACCAAAUUGUUGGAGAUAAUCCACAGAACAAUUCGGUUGGGAACUACUUCAAUCAGAAUUUAAACGAGGAUCAUCAUGAUCACCAGUUUGCGCAGCAGAAUCCUGACAAUGCUCUUGACAAUUCACAAACUUGGCACAAUCUGGACAGAAUACAUCAAAAUUUUCAAACAAUGGACAUGCAACCAUAUCAAGAGUAUCAGGACAAUAAUGAGUCGGGCUGGGUGGAUUUGAAUAACGACAACCAAUUCCAACAACCCGACAACAACGACCCAAAUGCAAAUGACCUGAACUUAUGGAAUAUGGAAACUGGUCCGGGGCAAGUCUUUGAAGCGCCAGUGCUGCCAGCUAUACCAUGGAACAAUGACGACAAUUUCAAUGACAAUUUUACCGAGGACGACGCGAUUUCACAGAUCUCAUUUGAUAGUGAAAUCAAGAGUGAAACUGAUUCAAUGGUUUCAAGAAAACGAAAAAGAAACAGAGAAGAUGCACAGAAUUCUUACGACAAGAAGAAACGUAUCCGGGAUGAGAACGAAACGUUUUUCAAAUCACAGAAGCUCACCCAUGAAAACCUUCUAAACCAGAAUAUCUUGAAUGAAGCACAUUUCCGAACAGCGGUCAAGCUUGUCCUUCGUCCCUGCUUCUCAAAUCUUCGCAUCAUCAAAGUUUACUACACCAAUUGUAGUUCAGAGCAAGUUUUUCGGUGCCUAGCAGAUUUUGAACGUGAUAAAGCAGAUAUCAUCACUGAAAAGGAUAACUUGAAGAGACGUGAUAUGAAUCUGGCGAAGCUGAAAACAAGAAUGGAUGAAACUGAAAAAGUAUAUGACGAUGCUCAGGCUGAUCUUGACAACAAAAAGGUUGGAAUUCCCCCAGGUACUUUAGCAAGCGGUUGUUUUCGAGCAAAACAGAAAUAUGAGACGGUGGCUUUUGAACACGGAGCAGGUGAACUGCAAUAUGAGUUUUCAAAACAAUAUCGAAUUGCGUCGCGUCUGACUGCAUACGGUGGUUGGUUUUAUCCGGAUGCUCGAAAUCUGUUACAACACAAUUGGCAGUUUUUAUGUGAUAACGCAGGACCUGAUAUUGAACAGUUGAAGGAAUUGGCAACAUUUCUGGUUACACGAUAAGCAUCAAAUGUAUUGAUAAUCCUCUCACCUUUUCCGAUUUUUCAAAAGAUUUUUCAAAUUUUCAAAAAUUAGCUUAAUAAUUUGGUCAUUAUUCUUCUUCUUAGAAGAAAUUUUAAUGUUUUUUCUUAUCAAUAUAAACAAAAUUAGAUAAAAAUUCAUAUUUUAUGAUUAUUUUUCGAUUUUUCGAUUUUCAAAACUUCAGAAAUCGAAAAAAAAACGAUAAAUCGGAAAAUCGAAAAAAUUUGUCCUGUUCACCAUCCACAACAUAUCUUCUCUUAAACUCAAACUUUCAUGAUACUCGCCUUUUUCUUUUUGUACAUCAGCAUCAUCACUGCAAACUAAUUUGUUUCAUAUAUGUAUAUAUAUAGAUCUAUUGUAUGUUUAUUUAAAUUAGACAUUUGGUUAUAGCAUUCUGGUCAGUAAAAUGCAUUUCACGAAUAUACCCGGAGUAAGGUUGUUGGUCGGAUUUGUCUGGUUGUAGAUACCCGUGAGGUUCAGUGAAAUCAAUAUUAUACAUGUGUUGGUUAUAUGAAAUGAAUUUAAAA